AUGGCUGCAAACGGCAUCUACUCGGCAGACGGUAGACAUGACCUUGUCUUGUCGGCCUUGCCUGACUUGGCAUGCGGAAAAGAGUCGAGGCGUCAAACUGCUAUCAAAAAGCGCUCCCCGCUGAUCGGGAUGAGGCUGAGAGGAGGCUCGCAAGAAGACGAGAAGGAUUACUAUAAAGUUCUCGGUGUAUCAAGAGAUUGCACGGCAGACGAGGUCCGAAAGGCUUACAGAAAGCUUGCACUGAAGCUGCAUCCGGACAAGAAUCCAAACAACCGAGAGGAGGCUGAGAGAAAGUUCAAGCUUCUCAGUGAAGCUUACGAUGUUCUCUCUGACCCCAACAAACGCAAAAUGUACGACACGUACGGUGCCAGCGGCUUGAGUGGAGACGCGGAAGGCUUCGGAGACUUCAACUUCAGGUCUGCGGAGGACAUCUUUGCUGAAGUAUUUGGUUCAAGGAACCCCUUUGAAAUCUUUGAACAAGCUUUUGGUGGCAGCAUGUUUGGUUCAAGGGGCAGAAAUUCCGGAAGUGGAGGUUUUUUUGACGAUUUCUUUGGAAUGAGUGGCAUGGGGGGGGGCUCGUUCUCCUCCUUCACCUCUACAUCAUCGGGAGGGUUCGGAGGCGUCAGCAUCUCCACGUCGACCGUGAUAAGGAACGGCCAGAAAGUCACCAAGACAGUGAAGAAGUAUGCUGACGGAAGGACGGAAGAAGAAGAGGUCCACGAGGGUCCUUCGGGAAGCAGCAGAAGGAUCAACCAUUCCUCCAACUAUCUGAGUGGGGGGCACCAUAAGUCUCCUUCCAAGACCUCUCGUCACCAUCGAGAUGAAGAUUCGAACGAGUGA